GCCCUUCAUACCUCAGAUUCAUUCCAAAACUAGACCUGAAAGGGAACAGUACUUCCCAAAAUAAUAUUUUCAUCACAGAAAAUCGGAGAAAACAAUUCUGAGAAAAUGUCGUCGUACAUUUCGCGUUGGCUGAAGGCUCCUUCCGCCUCCAAGCGUCUUAUCUCGCAUUUGACUCAGCGCGAAGGUAAGCUCAGUUCCCUGCUGCGUCGCCUUGGAUUGCAGCCGCAGUCGGGUGGCAAUGCAGCAGCAGGAUCGCGUCCUAUCUCCACCACUCAGGUGCAGAAGUCUGUGCUCAUUGAUGAUGAUGAGCUGGUGACCGGUAUUCAGAAACGGGAGAUUCAGCUGGCCAAGCAGGGAUGCACUGAUCCCUGGGGCAUUGGCCGGGUCGUUCGUCGUGGCUCUGGACGCGAGAAUGAUCCUACUGUAGUGCCAUCGGCUUUCGAUCACCGUCUGGUGGGCUGCAUCUGUCUGGACGACCGCUUCGCCAAGUGGAUGUGGAUUGAGAAGGAUGAGGGGCCGAAGCGCUGCGAGUGCGGCCACUAUUUUGUGCUUAAGAAUGUUCCCGGAAUCUAAAAUCCUUCUGAUGCAUUAACAGAGCGCUGUAUACUCGAAACAAUUCACACUUUCACACCAUCGUUACACACUCGACAUACCCAGGGACGAAGGGACAUUAAACAUGGCAUGAUAUUAUCGAAA